AUGGCAUCCACGUCAACUGGUCUUGUCAAGCCUAUCGAGUCCAGCAAGCCCAAGGAACCUAACAUAUCUGACCAACCUGACAUGGUUGACAAGUCCAGCAAGUCUAGCAUGCCAGACAAACCUAACAAAGACAGUGCUGUAACGGAAUGUCCAGAGGUCACAACUAAUACUGAAGACGAGUCAAAGCAAGGUCUCAAGAAGAAAGACUCCUCAAAGCCUAUUACUAUGGGCGACAAAUCAGUCGAGACGAAGGUCAAGUCGAAAUCCAAGACUGAACCCAAACGUAAGUGGUAUGGCAAAUUUGGCAAGAAACGUACCGUGGCGCUGUGCUGGAGUGUCGGAAAAUGGGCACAGGACCAACUCAGAAAGGAGACACCAAAGCCAAUGUUCCGACGUGUUGAAAUCCUCAGUGAGGGAGAUGUCAUGAUACCAAAGCCUGGCUCGGACGCUACUGAUUCUGACGGAAAGCCUGUUAUGAUACGUCGUCCACUGAUUCCAGUUCAUCUUCGCCAAAUGAUCGACAGAUUGCAUAGACGAUAUGCCUUCUCGAAAGAAGGUGCAGGCUUUGGAGCUGCUCCCCAUGUACUGACCACUCGUAGCGUGGACGACAAGUUCCCGGAAUCAGACGAUGCAGCACUGCUGGCUGAUGAGGUGAUCGAUGAGUACUUGGACUUCACUGGACGAAGCCGCACUCUUAUUCACCUCAGCAAGCACACACGAGCAACACUACCUGCAGGUUUUGAGCCUUCUUUCAAUCGACACUACACUCGCGCUCAAGUCUUACAUGAAGGAGUCUGGUAUCCUGCUGAAGAAUCCAGUGAGGCCAAUAUUACUGUGUUCCAGGCUUCACGUCAGGAUGAGACACUGAGUGCAAACGCAACGCUCGAGUUGAAUUUUCCAAUGUCCGAUGAACAGGAGCGUAUGCGCGGUUACAAGAACCUAAAGGUUAGCAAAGUCUACAAGGAACGCAAAACUAGCGCCAAGCGCUGGAUUGAAGUCGAAUUUGACACUGUGCCGGAAGGAACUUUCCCUUCUGGUCUUGAUUUCAUCGAAGGACAUGGCUGGCGCGACUCUACCAUCGCACUCCUCAACAUCAUGCGAGGUUGGCGUAACCCUUCUCACAUUCAACUACACUUUAUUUCCACUCUGGGCGGGAAAGAAAAGGAUGAGGAGAGUUUGAAAAUCGUAGAUCUUGCGAAUGAGAUGAAGCGAACUGGCAUCAAGAGACCAUUCUACCCUUACUAUUCUGCCGAAGGUCGAGCUCUUGUGGAAAAGUCUCAGCAGAAGCCCCAUCAGCGAGUAGACGAAGAUCAUCCAAUAGGCAAAGUCGGGCCACUUGAUCAUUUCCGAUCAGCUGAUCAUGCCGCUAUAGUUCUAGGCUAUAGCACGGAUCUCCAAAACAAUUAUGAACAAGAACGGUACAUCGGCUUUGACAGCAGUCAUGUGUUCCGCGUUGCAUACCGCAUCAUCUCCGACAAACAUGUUCUAGGCUUCUGUCAGGCAGAUUUCAAGGGCACUGCACUUGACCUGGAGUUGCUCAAGUGUAUGCCUACAACUGAUUCGUUCGAGAUUCAAUUCAAAGUCCAGACAUCCAAUAUCGACAGAACUUAUCGUGCUACUGGAAUUACUGUACCUGCCAUUUAUCCUAGGGGUUUCACAUUUGCUUUCUUGUGCUUGAGAAUUCCAGAAAAGGUUGCCGAAUACUCUAGUGUUGGCUCGGAUGGUCCGCUCAAAUUCUGGCCAACCACAAAAGUCAUGGUCAAUACAUCUUCUCGUGUAGCUGUUACCAAGAUUGCAUCCAUGUACAAGCUUUCUCGCGAGCCCGUCUACAAGCAUCUCAUCCCUGUCCUCAACAUGAACCCGGAGAAAUGGGAGAUGAUCGACCCCACAGCGUGCAACACAGGACUCAAUGACUUCGAUCGGAAAUACCUUAUGAAUAGAAUCCUGUCUCAGGGCGAGAUCAAUGGCCGUCCUUUCACUACUCAACAGCAACGCAAGAUCAGCUCCGCUACGCAACUAGGUGGAGGCGUCAUGUUGAUUGGCGGUCCUGGAGGUUCCGGAAAGACAGCGACACAGAUAGCUCUGAUGAAGUACUAUUCUUUAUGUGGCCUUAAGUCAAUUGCAGUCUGUCCGACCAACAUCUCCACCAGCCACCUGCGCAAGGAGCAUGAUAAGGCAUUCACUUUCAUCGCAGCAAAGGAUCCAGAUGUGAGGGCUAUGCAGGUCGCUCCACCUAACAAGGAGCAAGCUCACUUCAACUGUGCUGGUAUGCCCAAAACUCCCCACGUUCUUCAAGAUUUGGAAUUACAUGGCUUGGACAUCAGUGCCGUCGCUACAGAAGAAGGCGACAUCAACAGCCUGUUCGACGCCAUAAAGGACAGGCGUAGGACAAGAUCGUUCAAACAUCCAGAACACGGUCUCUCAUCUCGCAUCAUCGAAGCGGUUCGCAGCAAACCUCGGCCUUUCGAGUUGAAGGGAAAAUAUCCACCUGCAAAGCGUAUGCUACCGCAUAUCGACAAGGAUUUACGGGAAGAGCUUUGGGGACCAAAUCCGAUCGUAACCGACGGCUUCGCUAGUCUAAACCAGAUGGAAGUCAAGAAGUACAAGUUUCUGUACAAAGAGCUCAGCCAUGAAAUAACCGCUCGAGCCAAUGUCGUCUUCAGCACCAUGGAUAACGUAACCUGCAGCCCCAUCUCCUCUUCCUUCGGUCGUGGCGCCAGAGGAGUCAUGUUAUUCCUCGACGAAUGCACUAUGGCCGACGAGCCUGCCGUCUGGUCCCUUUACACUUCGAUCUUCUCUCCUGAGCGCAUUCGCGAUGAGUUUGGCGGCGUUCAUCCCAUCAAAGGUAUCGUUAUGAGCGGUGACUUCCGCCAGAACUGGCCACUUGUGACUGGUGCAGAGUACAAUGAAUUCCAUCCGCAGCUCAUGACACCCCUCAUUGCUCGCUUCGUCAACUCCGGCGUACCAUAUGAUGAAUUCAAGACCGAAGCUACGGAAAGCAAGUUCAGACAGCUGUUGGCCUUGGAAAAACCAAUGUCAGACCGACAGUUCAACAUGUUACGCAAGUAUCUUGGAGGCAAGAAGGAUUUGCCCCUCCCGUCAAGAGAUCCUUCGGGCCGAACAGACAUAGCUGCUCGUAAAAUAUGGCUUGAUUGGUCCAUGCAUGCUUGGCUACUUGAUGUGCCAGCUUCGAAAUGCUAUGUAGGACCAAACCAUUCACAAGUUAACUUCGCCAAUGUUGCCGCAACUAUGCUAUUCCUCGAGGAUAUGUUCAUCAAGACUGCAGAUGGAAAGCCGUUCAUCCCAUUCAAUGAUGUUGUCAUUGUUUCACCUUACGCGGAGCAAAUCAUAGAAUACCAAAAGGAAAAAGUCAAUCUUGCUCGUCGGCUUGGUUGCAAUUCUGAGGAUCUUCCCGAAGCCAUCACCGGCGAUGCCUUCCACUCUCGCGACGCUCGGAUGGUCAUCUUCGACAUAGUGGUUUCAUCUACCAAGACCAAGUCCGACCUUGGCUUUCUUGAAAGUGAUAGACGUAUGACUGUUCUUCUUCAGAUUUAA